AUGGGUUUUCUCAGCGAGAAGAAGGCAGACGGAGGCGAUAUCCCGUCGAAUGACCCCGAGGCGCAGACCACGGCCGAAACGUGGGAAUCGCGGAAAAUGGCGCGCAUUGAUCGACCCAUAACUCGGUCGAUAUCGGCGGUUGGUGGCGGCGUUUCGGGCGACACCACCUCGGAGCAGAGCAUCUCCAUCGACAAGCAAAUGGAGCUUGAGGCUGACAAUGCAAUCAAAUAUCGAACUUGCAGCUGGAAGAAAACGGCAGCGCUCCUAUUUUCCGAGUACAUCUGUCUAGCCAUCAUGUCCUUUCCCUACUCCUAUGCGACGCUCGGCCUUGUUCCUGGUCUUAUCUUGACUGUGGUCGUCGCUGCCCUCGUCCUCUACACCUCGUUGAUCGUCUGGGAAUUUUGCAUGCGCCAUCCUGAAGUCAAGGACGUUUGCGAUAUUGGCCAGAUGCUCUUCUGGAACCACCGAUGGGCCUGGUAUUUUACGGCUGUCAUGUUUUUGCUGAACAAUACGUUCAUUCAAGGGUUUCACUGCUUGACUGGCGCAAAGUACCUCAACACCAUGACAGAAGGCAACAGCGGUGUCUGCACGGUCGGAUUCAGCGCCAUCCACCUUAGCGAACAUUGCCACUUUCUCGGCCUUGUUCACAUUUAUUUCGGUACUGCUUGCCACAAUAUUCGCGGGCAUCGAAGAUCAUCCGGGGCAGGGUGGCCGUCUCUGGGUGACCCUACCGUGUACGCUCUGCCGCCACCGGGCACCACAUUCGUCAUGGGCAUGAAUGCGUUUAUGAACAUAAGCUACACAUUUAUCGGGCAGAUCACCCUCCCCUCUUUCAUCGCCGAGAUGAAGGACCCUAAGGAUUUCCCCAAGGCUCUCUGGGCCGUCACCAUUGCCGAAAUUAUAGUCUUCUCCCUUGUCGGCUCCAUUAUCUACGCCUACACUGGUACCAACUACAACACGGCUCCCGCUUUUGGCUCUCUCGGCAAUGUGUUGUACCUGAAGGUCAGCUUCAGCUUCAUGAUUCCAACCAUUAUAUUCUUGGGGGUUCUAUACGCCUCCGUGUCCGCUCGAUUUCUCUUCUUCCGCUUCUUCGCCGGCACCCGCCACAUGGGCGAGAACACGGUUGUGGGAUGGUUAGCCUGGGCCGGCAUCUUGGGAGUGACCUGGAUCUUGGCUUUCAUCAUCUCCGAGGUCAUCCCAUUCUUCGCCGAUCUUCUUUCUCUCAUGAGCUCCUUGUUUGACAGCUUCUUCGGCUUCAUCUUUUGGGGCGUCGCCUACAUCCGAAUGCGCCGCGCCACCUACGGUGCCAAGUUUUGGGCUACUCGUGGGUUCCGUAGUUGCUGGGACCUACGCCUCGGUGGCGAGCAUUAUCCACGGGUAUGA